AGAAUCUUCCACUUGCCUUUUUCCUCCUCUCUCCCUCCCCGGCCUUAACCGGAGCAGCGAUCUGCCUGAGAUCUGUGGUUUCGUGCUCUCUCGCCAUGAGAGUACUGCGAGCGACAACGUUUCCGUCUCUGCUGCUGGCGUGCUGUGCCUUCGGCCCUCGGUGUGUCAGCGGACAGAGGUGGGAGCCAGGACAGACGGCUCUCAAGUUCCGGAGUCAGUUUGGCAGCUCACAAUUUGUGUUCGGUACGAAAGGCAAUUAGGCAACAAUAACGCAUCUUGUCCUCGUCCUCACCAAGAGUGUCUUAUGUGUAUGUUGACAGACUUGGCUCGAAUGAGUCCUGUCGACGCGGGCAAGGGCGGCGAACUGCGGAAAGCUGAUGUGGGGUCAAUGCCGUCCCUCGCCGGCAACGGCGUCUCGCAGGUCCUCUACAGGCUGUAUCCCUGUGGCAUGAACAGGUCAGAAACACACACACAUAGACAGACGCACUCAAUGAAUGCUCGAGGCACACUGACUGACACGUAUGGUUCUCUCUCUGUGUGUCAUCCAUCAGUGUGCAGAUGCAUCCCCGCGCCAGUGAGCUGUUCUACGUGAUCAACGCGACGGAGCUGGUCGUCGGCUUUGUGGAGGAAAACGGUGGCCGCACCGUCGAGAACACCCUCAAGACGGGCCAGCUGUCCUUCGUGCCAAAAGGCCUCAUGCACUGGCACUACAACGCCGGUAGGAGCGGCGCACCGGACCGACAGCCAAGCUAGAUAGAAUUCCUUUAUGUGUUGGUUAAUCGACCUUCUUCUGUGAUCACUGUAGGAUGCGAGGACGCUGUCUUUUUGUCGACAUUUAAUCACGAGGACCCCGGUGUGGUGACGAUUGUCAACGCCUUGUUCGACAUCAACGCGACGUCCCUGCAGGCGGCACUCAACGUCGACCGCGCGCUGGUCGCCGACCUCAAAACGAGUGUACCCCCGUCACCCGUCCCAGGCAUCGCAGAGUGCCUCAGGAGAUGCGGGCUGGAAGGUAGGCAUUCCAUUCAGCAUUCAGCAGUCACUCUCACUCUCACCGUCCGCCGUGCAAGUGUGUGUGUCUGUGUGUGUGUGUCAUAUAGCUGUGGAUCCGUGUGAGCUCAAGCGGUGCGGCAACCAUGAGCGUUGCAGGGUCAACGACGAGGGCAAGGCGGUGUGCGAGUGCAGGGACCAAUACGCGAGGGACGAAAACGGCGACUGCAGACACGUCGGGGGCUGGGGCGAGGGGUAGAUAUGAUAUGUAUCGAGAUACACACACACUAUCCAUCCAUCCAUCCAGCCAUCCAUCCAUUGUGCAGUGCAUCCUCUCACUGACUCAGUCACUCCUUCAUCGUCGGCUGCCUAUGUAUAGGUGUCACGUAGAGGGGUGUUAGGUAGGCUAGGGGGAGACAGACAGAGGGCGGCGGGACGGGACGGUACGGGAAAGGACAGCUGGACGCUUCUUUUUUACGUGUGUGCUGUAUUGUGACAUGGUCAUGGGCCGUCCACCCAGCUCAGCCGCCUUCAUACAUACGUCCAUCCAUCCAUCCAUGGCCCUUCGUCUCUUAUUUGUAGUGAGUGAAUCGGUGUGUAUCCUUUAUCUAUCGCUGUGUGUGUGUGUGUGUGUGUGUGAGUCACUGACACAACGAACGCGGGCAGGCAGGCAGGAAACCACGCCACGCCCUCUGGCCUGGCCGCCUGGGUGGCGGCCGGCCGCGUGUGGACUGCCUGCCUGCCUGCCUGAUUGUUUGCCGUUUACUGUUGGCCAUCCAUCCAUCUAUGCUGCCUGGCAUCCAUGUGCUGGCUGGCUGCAUGUGGCGACGGACGAUGGGUGCGACUUACUUACUGCUUUAGUGGGUGGGUGGGGCUGGGUCGGAUAGAGGCUUGGCUUGGCUUGGCUUGGCUGGGGUGUAUUUGUUUGUCUCCUUCACUACCGUGAAGCGAAGCCGAUCAUCCUGGCUGGGGGCGGGGCGUGUCGAUAGGGCAGGCAGGAAGGCGGAGAGAAAGAGGGAGGAGUGAAGUGCCUUUGCUUCGGUCGAGGAGGCGUGUGUCGUGCGUGUCGUGGUGUCGCUAUACUCUGUAACUAGGCAGGCAUCUGUAGUUUUUUCCAGGCGUUCUAGUAGUGGUCCAGGUCUGUCUUGUGUCUUGCCUUCAUCCUUGAGGGUCACCUUUCGUCUGGCCCUCUCGGAGUCCUUCGAUCACCGUCUCGUCGCCCUUCCAUGUCACUCGUGGCAUCGUGUGUGGUGGAUGGGUGGCGGGGCGGCGGCCGCAGGACAGAGAGGGCAGACCAAAGGAAGCAAGCAACACACACACACGCCAAAAAACAGACAGACAGACAGACAGACGAUGGAACCACUAGCUGUGUUUGGGCUGACUGACUUCUUAAGCCGUGUGUGUGUGUGUGCGUGCGACCGACACACCCACACGGCUGGGCUGCUGACUGAAUGGCCGAUGAAUGCAUUGUGUGGAG